AUGAAUUGCCGUCAUGGAAAUUUGACGACUUUCAAAAAUUCUCCAUAUUUAUUUACAAUGAACACAAUUGGCGCAUUUCAAAUACCAUUAUUUCUUGUUUCAGUUUAUUGCAUUUUGAAAAAAUCUCCAUGGAAUAUGGUAUUUUAUAAAUGGCUCAUUCUUGUUUUUCAACUUGCAAUAAUAUCGUUCAAUGUUCUACUUACAAUUCUCUGUACUCCUGUAGUAUUCUACCCAUAUUUGUGUGGAUAUACCAUAGGAUUACUGUCGCAAAUAAAUAUUUCUACUCGAUCCCAGUACUUCAUAUCUACAUUUGCAUUGGGCUGUGUUGGAGCAUCAACCACCGUCCUUUUUGAAUACAGACAUCAAUCGGUUCUCCCAAAUUUUCACAUUCUUCGCCAUUCAACUGAGUAUCGAGUAUUCAAAAAUACUGUUUACUACGUAAUUGCAAUAUUCCAUGUCUGGCUUCCAAUUUAUUUUGAAAACGUUGAAGAUCGAGAGUCGAUCGAAAAAAUAGUGGAUAACUGGAGAAAUGCGCCAUGCGAUAUUUGGAAUGAAAAUACCGUAGUGUUUUCAGUUCAAAAACUAGGAUUUCUACAUUUUUAUUACAUGGGUGGAAUUGCAAUAGUUAUUGUUUUAUCUACAAUAUAUGCGGUUCACUCGUUUUAUAUUAUUAGAGCAACAAGGAUUUUGCUUUCAAAUGAAAUGCAGAAAGUGCAGAGAAAAUUCUUGAAGGGCCUAUUAUUACAGGUUCUUGUACCUUACUCCGUUCUUGUUCUUCCUGCAGGAUUAGGGCUUUUUAUUCUUCUUCUAACAGAUACAUGGGAUCAAAUGUAUGUUCAACCUGGUUUAUGCUUGAUAGCGACUCAUGGCCUUUUGUCCACUAUCACUACGAUAAUGGUUCAUAAACCGUAUCGAGUAUUCUUUUUCAUACUAUGUCGUCGCUGUUUACUCAUGCCUGCUGGAGUUAAAGUGAACACCGUCGAUGAACUGACAACGCUUCCGAACAUCCGCAUGAUUGGAAUCCAAACACACGUGACAAAAUUUUAA